UCAGCGCUGCGUCAUUGCGUCACUGCGUCACGCGCGGGCCUGCACGCUGCGUAGCGGGCUGUCGUCAUUGAACCGGGAGCGGAGCCGGACCCAGACCCGGACCCGGAGCGGAGCCGGACUUCUAUCAGUGGACAGAGGGACGGUGGACGACGGCGUGACUGAUUCUCCCAGCUGAGGACACUGUGGACGCUGCGAGGACACUGAGGACGUGACCCUCGGAGGACCGCUCAUGCAUCGGUUCAGGACUUGUGCGGCGCGCUUGCGCCCGCUAACCGCCUCGCAGGCGGCUCAGACUGCCGGCCAGCAGCGGCCAAUCACGGCGGCCCCCUCGGGAGGCGCCAGGACGUUUCAGCCAAUCAGGUGCUUCUCGGCACCGGUGGCCUCAGAACCCUUCCUGAACGGAACCAGCUCCAACUACGUGGAGGAAAUGUACUUCGCCUGGCUGGAGGACCCCAAGAGUGUCCACAAGUCCUGGGACGUGUUCUUCCGAAACGCCAACGCCGGCGCCCCCCCAGGCAGCGCCUACCAGUCCCCCCUGGGCCUGGCGUCCAGCCUGGCGUCCAAUCAGCUGUCCUCUCUGGUCGGAGCUCAGCCCAACGUGGAGAAACUGGUGGAGGAUCACCUGGCAGUGCAGUCCCUGAUCAGAGCCUACCAGAUCCGGGGUCACCAUGUGGCCCAGCUGGACCCUCUUGGCAUCAUGGACGCUGACCUGGACUCCUGUGUCCCCACUGACAUUAUCACCUCCUCCGACAAGCUGGGGUUCUACGGGCUGGAGGAGUCGGACCUGGAGAAGGUCUUCCGCCUCCCGACGACGACCUUCAUCGGCGGCUCGGAGAGCGCUCUGCCGCUCAAGGAGAUCAUCCGCCGACUGGAGAUGGCGUACUGCCAGCACAUCGGCGUGGAGUUCAUGUUCAUCAACGACCUGGAGCAGUGCCAGUGGAUCCGACAGAAGUUCGAGACUCCGGACGUCAUGAAGUUCACCCUGGAGGACAAGAGGACACUGCUGGCCCGCAUGGUCCGCUCCACCAGGUUCGAGGAGUUCCUCCAGAAGAAAUGGUCUGCUGAGAAGCGUUUUGGUCUAGAAGGUUGUGAGUCUCUGAUUCCGGCUCUGAAAACCAUCAUUGAUUAUUCGUCGGAGAACGGAGUGGAGAACGUCAUCAUGGGCAUGCCGCACAGAGGUCGUCUCAACGUCCUGGCGAACGUGAUUCGUAAAGAAUUGGAACAGAUUUUCUGUCAGUUCGACUCCAAGCUGGAAGCUGCUGACGAGGGUUCUGGAGACGUGAAGUACCACCUGGGCAUGUACCACCGGAGGAUCAACCGGGUGACAGACCGGAACAUCACGCUGUCUCUGGUGGCCAACCCGUCCCACCUGGAGGCCGUGGACCCCGUGGUCCAGGGCAAGACCAAGGCCGAGCAGUUCUACUGCGGAGACAACGACGGCAAGCGGGUCAUGUCCAUCCUGCUGCACGGAGACGCGGCGUUCGCCGGUCAGGGCAUCGUGUAUGAGACCUUCCACCUGUCCGACCUGCCGUCCUACACCACGCACGGCACCGUGCACGUGGUGGUCAACAACCAGAUCGGAUUCACCACCGACCCCCGCAUGGCGCGCUCGUCGCCGUACCCCACCGACGUGGCGCGCGUCGUCAACGCGCCCAUCUUCCACGUCAACGCCGACGACCCCGAGGCCGUCAUCUACGUCUGCAAGGUGGCGGCCGAGUGGAGGGCCACCUUCCACAAGGACGUGGUGGUGGACCUGGUGUGCUACCGCCGGAUGGGCCACAACGAGAUGGACGAGCCGAUGUUCACGCAGCCGCUGAUGUACAAGCAGAUCAAGAAGCAGAAGCCGGUGCUGCUCAAGUACGCCGAGAAGCUGAUCGCCGAGGGCGCCGUGAGCCGCCAGGAGUACGAGGAGGAGAUCGCCAAGUACGACAAGAUCUGCGAGGAGGCGUACGCCCGGUCCAAAGACGAGAAGAUCCUCCACAUCAAGCACUGGCUGGACUCGCCCUGGCCCGGUUUCUUCACUCUGGACGGUCAGCCCAAGUCCAUGACGUGUGCCUCCACCGGCCUGACGGAGGAGAACCUCCAUCACAUCGGUCAGGUGGCGUCUUCGGUUCCUGUGGAGGACUUCACCAUCCAUGGAGGUCAGAGCCGCAUCCUGAAGGCCCGGGCAGAGAUGGUCCGGAAUCGAACCGUGGACUGGGCCCUGGCGGAGUACAUGGCCUUCGGCUCGCUGCUCAAGGAGGGGAUCCACAUCCGGCUGUCGGGCCAGGACGUGGAGCGCGGGACCUUCAGCCACCGCCAUCAUGUCCUCCACGACCAGAACGUGGACAAGAGGAUCUGCAUUCCCAUGAACCACCUGUCCCCGGACCAGGCGCCCUACACCGUCUGCAACAGCUCUCUGUCCGAGUACGGCGUCCUCGGCUUCGAGCUGGGCUUCGCCAUGGCCAGCCCCAACGCCCUGAUCCUGUGGGAGGCCCAGUUCGGGGACUUCCACAACACGGCGCAGUGCAUCAUCGACCAGUUCAUCUGCCCGGGCCAGGCCAAGUGGGUCCGGCAGAACGGCAUCGUGCUGCUGCUGCCGCACGGCAUGGAGGGCAUGGGUCCAGAACAUUCCUCGGCUCGGCCUGAAAGGUUCCUGCAGAUGUGUAACGACGACCCAGAUGUGAUGCCAAACAUCUCGGAGGACUUCGCCGUCCGCCAGCUGUACGACUGUAACUGGAUCGUGGUGAACUCUUCCUGUCCUGGAAACUACUUCCACGUCCUGCGAAGACAGAUCCUGCUGCCCUUCAGGAAGCCGCUCAUCGUUUUCACCCCCAAGUCUCUGCUGCGCCACCCGGAGGCUCGAGCCAGCUUCGACCAGAUGCUGCCUGGGACCCACUUCCAGAGGCUGAUCCCCGAUGAGGGUCCGGUCUCGCAGCGUCCCGAGGACGUCCGGCGUCUGAUCUUCUGCACCGGGAAGGUUUACUACGAGCUGACCAAAGAGAGGCGGAGCCGCGGCCUGGACGCCACCGUGGCCAUCGCCCGCAUCGAGCAGCUCUCUCCGUUCCCGUUCGACCUGGUGAAGGCGGAGUCGGAGCGGUUCUGCAACGCCGACCUGGUCUGGUGCCAGGAGGAGCACAAGAACCAGGGCUACUACGACUACGUCAAGCCCCGCAUCAGGACCACCAUCCAGAGAGCCAAGCCCGUCUGGUAUGCUGGGCGGGGCCCGGCGGCCGCUCCGGCCACCGGCAACAAGAACACACACCUGGUGGAGCUGCGGCGCUUCCUGGACACGGCCUUCGACCUGGAGGCCUUCAGAGACCAGGUCUGACCGGAGACCUGGGAGGGACCUGCAGCGCCUGAACGCUCCGCCACACACACACACACACACACACACACAGAUGCUGUUUGUUACUCUUUACUUUACUCCUUUGGCCCCGCCCCGCCCCCCCCCCCCCCC